AUGCGGACUAAUAUGAAAUUCGUCAAAGGCGACAUUCAAAGCUGCAUCGAUUCAGAAUCCAAGAUAUGCCAGAUCAACAACGCGGCUCUAGGCUCUCUUAAACUUCUGGGUGACAAAAACUACAAGGCCAUUAUGACAGUCCGAGAUCCCAGGGAUGUUGUGAUGCUGAACAACGUGAGCAAAUCCGCUGGGAUCAAUAUGGAAGUUGACAUGAUCACUGGAAGCACUUGGAGGAACGACACACAAGGUGCAUAUGCAACUGUUCUGAAAGACUUUCUGAGAGUCAGAGAUUCUCGGUUCACCUUGGUACGCUAUGAAGACAUAUGGUACCAAGAGCAAAGAAGGAUAGGCUCGGCUUUUGCCUCUAUUGGAGCUUGGUAUGGAUUGAAUAACAGCCUUCUUUUGAAGAUCUUCGUCCAAAGUGCAGUGAAGGUUGGUCAGGAAAGUGCAGCUUACCGCUCUGUUGCAAAAGGGGUGCUUUCUGCAGACGACAGAGGGAAGGAUCACUUCAGGAAGGGCACACCAGGAGAUUGGAAAAAUCAUUUGACAAAGCAAAACAAGGGCUACAUCCGUGAGAAGCUGGGGUCUCUGUUGGUAGACCUUGGUUAUGAGAAGUCUAUGAGCUGGUAG